AUGCAGCUCUAUUGGCGGGGUCCGACCUUCUUGCAAUCUCCAGUCGAAGCUUGGUCUCAGGAAAUCCCACAGUUACAAUUGGAAGAGCUGCCGGAAGUAAAACCAGUGUGUUUAUUGACUCGUGAAGAUCCUCCGGUCGAAUGGUUUAUUCGGUUCUCCUCCUUUCAUCAGAUGAUCCGCGUAGUAGCUCAGGUACGUCGGUUCAUUCGGUUGUGUCAAAAGAGAAAGGUUGAGUUAGGGUUUUUGAAACAAUCUGAAUUGGAUGAGGCUAUGCUCGUGAUCGUUAGGAGCGCUCAAGAAUGCUAUUUGAGUCAGCUAGUAGUUGGCCUGCGUCGGGGGAGCCCGGUCCAGUCCAAGGCGUUAGCCCGCCUGUGCCCGUUCUUGGAUUCAGACGGCAUAAUCCGCGUUGGCGGACGGAUGCAGAACUCCAAUUGGUCGGAGAAAAGAAAGCAUCCUAUGCUAGUCCCGAAAGAGUCUCACUUAGCGGUUCUGAUUACACGUCAUUGGCAUCUUUAUGCAUGUCACGCUCGACCGCGGUUGCUCAUCGCUCUCGUUCAGCAGCGAUUUUGGGUCAUCGGCGUUCGCCUGAUAGUUCAUCGGGUGAUUCGCAAAUGCGUGUUAUGUGCGAAAAUGUCGGCUAAUCAUCCCCAACCCAUCAUGGCUGCUCUGCCAGGAUUCCGGGUCCGAGAAGCUCAUCCGUUUUUAAUAGUCGGCAUAGAUUACGCGGGUCCCUUACAGAUGAAGGAACUCAGUCUGCGAAAGGCGCGCAUCGUAAAGGUUUACAUUGCGGUUUUUGUCUGUAUGACCACCAAAGCGGUGCACCUAGAACCAGUGUCUGCUCUCUCGACUGAGGCCUUCUUGUUGACUCUAGAUAGAUUCGUUGCUCGCCGUGGCCUACCGUCGUCCAUCUAUUCUGAUUGUGGCACCAAUUUUGUUGGUGCGGCGAGGCAGCUGCGUCUUUUGGUCAACAAUCCGGAUAGUAGAGAUCAGUUGUCAGGUCAUAUAGCGUGCGAAUGGCAUUUCAACCCUCCUGGUGCUCCCCAUUUUGGAGGAAUUUGGGAAGCCGCCGUUAAGUCGGCGAAGUCAUUGCUUGUUCGUGCAAUGGAUUCCCAAAUUUGGACCUUGGAAGAGUUCACAACGGUGUUGUGUAGGGUAGAGGCUGCCUUGAAUUCGCGUCCCCUAGUACCAGCAUCAUCCGACCCAAAUGAUUUAGAAUGUUUGACGCCCGGUCACUUUUUGAUUGGUCGUCCUCUGUUGUCAAUCCCAGAACCUGUUAGUACCAGUGCACAAGUGGGACUGCAGACUCGCUGGAAGCUCCUCCAGCAGUCUUUCCAGUUCUUUUGGCGACGUUGGUCUCGAGAGUAUUUGAACACCCUCCAAGCUCGUGGUAGGUGGACGAAGGCUGAUACCAAUCUCGAAGUUGGUACCAUGGUUAUCGUCAAGGUUAAUGACGCGCCCCCGCUAUCGUGGCCAUUAGGAAGAAUUAUUGAGGUGUAUCCAGGAACCGAUAAGGUGGUACGGGUAGCUAAAGUUAUUACCAAACAGGGGGUGUUUACUAGACUGGUGGUGAAACUAGUACCUCUCCCCACAGAUCCGUAG